AUGCCAAUCGGAAUCCGAAUCCGAAUCGGAAGGAUUCCGGAGUUCAUCCCGUAUCAAGCGGGGGACGAGGCGGCUGUGGAGCUAACCUUUGCUUGCGGGCUGGGCGCAGGGGGGCAGGCGCGCGCGGGGGGGGAAUUAGGCGCGCGGGGGCAGGCGCGUGCGGGGGGAGAGGUGGGUGGAGGCGGGUUGCCCCGGAGCCCUGUGCGCAAGUUUCGUGUCGGCGCGGGGGAGAGGGGAGCGGCGGCGCUGCAGGCGCAAGGGAAGGCGGGAGAAGAGGCGCAAGGGGCGCGCGGGGCGCAGGCAGCGGGGGGAGCGCGGGGAGAGGGUGGGGCGCGGGGAGCGGAGGGGCGGUCGGAGGGGCGGGCGGAGGGGCUCGCAAGCCUAACGUUUCAGCAGUGGGACAGAAUCAAGGAGCGGGUUAUGGCGGGAGGGGAGGAGGCGGGGGAGGGGGAAGAUUCGGGGGAAGCGGGGGAGGCGGGGGAAUGUGAGGCAGGGGGGAUGGGGGAGGUUUGGAAUGAGGAGGAGGAGGAUCGGGUGGCGGAUGCCGAAGCUGCAGCCGCGGACCAAGCCGCGGAAAUCGCUGCCAGGGCUGAGCGACAGGCUCGGAUACAGCGGCUUCUGCUGGAGGUGAAUCUUCCGCGCCUGGCGCAGUGGGGGGGGGAUGGGGGGAGCGGAACUCAGCAGUGGCGUGGGGAAGGCGCUUGCUAG